ACUUUUGAACAUACCAACCUUACCACAAUCAUGCCUGAGCCAGCGAAGCCAGCCCCCAAGAAAGGAUCUAAGAAAGCCGUGACCAAGACGGCAGCCAAAGGAGGCAAGAAGCGCAGAAAGACCAGGAAGGAGAGCUAUGCCAUCUACGUGUACAAGGUGUUGAAGCAGGUCCACCCCGAUACCGGUAUUUCCUCUAAGGCGAUGGGCAUCAUGAAUUCUUUCGUGAAUGACAUCUUCGAGCGCAUUGCUGGGGAGUCUUGCCGCCUGGCUCACUACAACAAGCGGUCCACCAUCACCUCCAGGGAGAUCCAGACCGCAGUGCGUCUGCUUCUGCCCGGUGAGCUUGCCAAGCACGCCGUGUCCGAGGGAACAAAGGCAGUCACCAAGUAUACCAGCUCCAAGUAAAUCUUUAACUUCUACUAAAACACAAAGGCUCUUUUAAGAGCCACCCAAUCUUUCUUCUAAGAGCAGAAUAUAUUCUGAAUGCAACAGUCUGGCACAGAUUAAUUUGCCGGAUCUGUGACGUUUACAGAACUAACCGCAGGGUUAGUUACGGUAUGGUUUUGUUUGUUAUUUUUACUCUAUUUUUUAAAUAUAUAUUUAAAGGUCGUCUACCCAUAGAUACCACUGUAUAAUCUCACAUCCUGCUUCAGGCAGGCAACACGUUGUCAUCACAGAUGCUGCAAACAGGAACAUGUUGAUGUGCACUUCUCUUGCCCUUCUCAUUGGAAAUCAGAAUCAGGUUUUAUUGGCCACGUA